AAUUCAAGUUCAAGCCGGGCAUCAGGUCAAAACGCACAACCACACUCUUAGCUGGGUAUAUGUAUAGUAUAUAAAGUUGGCUUUUGUUUCGGGUCUUGCAAAGCCAGAAAAUUUGCAUUUCAAAAUUGAACGACAUUAACAUGGAUAAUCGGAGCAGGCAAACAAACACACACACAAAAACCAGAGCAAACGUUUGCAGAAAUCUUUUAUUGGAAAACAGAUGCAAAAAUGCGAAAUAAAAUAAAAUCAUAACGAGGGGCGACGCGGCCGAGAAGUCAGCUUACUUUCGACCUCCUAUUUGUUUGUGUCGUAUAUAAGGAUGGUUUUGUUGCUGGGACUGGAUUAUAACCGAACAGCGCUUCAAGCGGUAAAAAUGCCAGUGCCGAGUAUCGCAGCCAUGCUCUCCUUGCUGUUACUAUGCACUUUCCUUGGAAUCGGCCAUGGUUUGGGAGAAGUCUAUCUGCCGGCUGAAAACGAAGUGUUAGCCGCUGGAAAACUGGACACGGAGUACUUUACGUAUGAGGCUCCAGCGGAGGAGGACCAGGUGGCGCCAUGGCAAUCGGCCAGGGAAUUGGCCAAGGUGCUCUCGCCUCCGCAACAGGUGGUGUUCAUUCGAACGCCGGAGACGAAUGUCUUUUCACUGACUGCCAAGCAACUGGCGAUGAAUAAUCCACUGGACAUCUUUGUGCUCCACCGGCAGGCGGAUGCAGAUGCUCUGGCCAAGCAACAGACUGCGAUACAACAGCAGGUAUCUGAGAAGCCAUCAGUACAUUUCGUAAAAUACAGAACUCCGGCGGAUGUUACUAAAGCUCUAAGCGCCCUGAGAAGCGAUUAUGAUCGGUUGCCAGGAAAUAGUAUUAGCCAUGCCAUAGAAAAAGCCGAUGUUCUGCAGCUAAAACCACAAACAACUGAGACACCAGUGAUUUUCAAGAUCAGGCCAAAAGAUAGCGACUACUACGAGACCCAUGAGCCGGCGAGCGAAUUGGAAACGGCCAAGUUGCAGGCGCUAUUUCGGGAUUAUCUGCCACCGGGAAAACGACGUUAGUUAAGCUAUGACCUAUAGGCUAGUCCCAAAGAUUGUUUAAAGGUUAUUUAAAUUAAUUGUUAAUUAGUUAAAAUCAAUUGAACUGUUCCUGAAC